GUGGUGUUGUAUAUAAUCGUGUGAUUUAUAAUGCUUCAGGGAUACGUCAAAUCCCUCAUUGGGAGUUCUGGAGGGAUACAUUGGAUUUUAUUAAGGAUAUGUUUCUGAUAAUAUUGGCUCAAUGUUCCAUAUGUCCUGUUUUCCAAACGAGACGUCGACCUGGAAAUUAUAGGAAUUUGCCGAGAGAUGAGGAACAUAUUUUAAUCGGCGAAGAAUUUGAGGAACAUUAA